AUGAUAUUAAGUCCCUAUACUAACUAUUUCUUGGAAACUCUUUCUAUGAUUUUGCUUGCUUAAAUGCUGCUGAUACAGUCAAUGGCUACAUCAUAAACCAGAUUUAAACUCGAUUCAUACCCACGUCACCAACCUUUCCAGGCAGCAUAGUUUUCUUUCACAUGGAAAGUGAAGUUGAGAUGCUUAAUUGCAGAACUUUUUUUGAGCUAUGUUUUCUACAAAUUUGGAAGCCAUUGUUUGCAUUACUAUUUCUGUAUUAUUUGCAUCUUGUAUCUGCUGAUAUAUUAUGGAUUUGACAUGCUUCCAGUUCUCCUACAUGCUACAUUUGAGCGCACUCUCUAGAUUCUUUCAUCUUCAUAUGACUGGAUGUUUGCUUGCCAAUUUGAAAGAAAAUGGAGUUCUCUUUCUAGGAACUGUCAGCUUCAUUACUUCCUGAUAGUGAAGAUAAAGUAAUUGAUAAGUAUAUGAGUAGACAGCAAGUAUCUGAUCAUUUUAUUUGCGUUUUCUUAAUCAGGAAAUGAAGAAUUUUGUUGGGAGCUUGAAUACUGAUAUUUCCUUUGAUGUGCUCUCUCGAUUUCCAGCAAAAGAUUUGGUUGAAUUGAAACGUGUUUCUAAAGGGUGGCAACACCUCAUAAUGAAUCAGUCAUUCAUCCAGAUUCAAUCAAGAAGAAGAGAACCGCUAUCAGGUUUCUUCUUCCAGCAGAGGUUCCAGUGGAGUGAGUAUGAUAUUGAAACUAUCAACUACAUUCCUGUGAAAUGGGAAGGACUCGAACUGCAUAAAAAAGUCUUUGACUUCCUCCCUCAGGAUGUUGUUCUUUUGACAACCUGCAACGGGCUGGUUUGUUGUCGAAGUUGCUUCCCCUUUGAGCUGCCAGCUAUCUUUGUAUGCAACCCUUUGAACAAAGAAUGGGUUAAGCUGGACUGGACAGAACCUGACAAAGAGCACAGCAUUGCUCUUGCAUUUGAUCCCUUGCUUGAUAUUUCUGGCAAUUCAGCAAAUUUUAAACUGGACAGGGAGCUGGAAUCUCUCAAAGGAUAUUUGCUGGUGUAAUAGCAACCUGCACAAGAACAAAGGUGUUUAUAUUAGAGGUGUCCUGCAUUGGCUCACAGAUGAAGAUCAAAUCCUAACUUUUGAUGUUGACAAUGAGCUAGCUUUUUUGAUUUCAGCACCAGUUCCUGCCGCGGAAUUCAGUACUGCCCCUAAGGCCUGCAUUGGAGAACUGGAAGGCUGCCUACACUAUGUAAUGAUCUCAGAAGAAGGAUUUCAUAUAUGGUCUCUCGAAGAUUAUUUUGAACUGAAUUGGUUACUGAAGUACUCGAAAACGCUGGCAGAGAUGGAACAGGAACAUCCUAAAUUCCUCCUCAACAUGCAAGAGCUAGUGAAGCUGCAGAUGACUGAUGAUGUUAGCCCAUGGGUGGAUUCCUUAGCCUUCAAAGAUGGAAUCUUGGUUUUGAGAGUAUCAACCAUUGUCUACUUAUACGACAUUAUCAGGAGUAAGAUGCAGGAAGUCUGUGACAACUCAAAGUUUGGCACCAGUUCCAUGUAUUGUCCUACUGUGCUUCCUUACUCUAUGACCUUGGUCCCUUUACUGAAUAAGGAAUAGUGACACCUUCAUAUCCUAAAUCACAUCAUAAAAAAUCUCAGUUGCAGAGAUGUGUAAGGCUAAUGAUACACGCUUGGUUUUUGUUCUUCUGCAUUUUGUUUGUUUGUGGCUAAAGCACCUGAGAUUGGGUGUGCACGUGUCUUUUUGUUGUGCUUCUCUGCUUUUUUUUUUCUUGCAUGUAUCUAUAAUUAAUCUAAAAUUUUAACUUAUGUUUGAUUGGUAAAAUGGUGGAGUGUGAUGUGAGCUGUUCAUAUAAUAGCUACAAUUGAUCUUUUCAUGUCUUUUGGGUUUCGGGAUGGUGAAUAUACUAGGAAUUACCGAGA